AUGCCUCAAAAUUGGCAGCCAUAACUUUGUUCUCUUAAUCGUUGAAUCUCAUUGAUACAAGAUUAUUACUUAUUUGAAUUCAGCAUGGCCACAGCUUCUGAUAGCCCACCUGUGUUUGUCACAAUCUCCGCUCUGGACGCUGGCUGUCUGUCUCUGCCAGAGCGCAUGUUUGUAACCGAUGCCGACCCCGUGAAGAAAAAUCUGGUUCCAACUCUCUCAUUCCUCAUUCGGCACCCGUCUCCCGAUGGCGGCGUGGCCAACCUCGUUUUUGAUCUUGGCAUGAAGCGCGACUUGGAGUAUUCUCCUGCGCAAAAAGAGCGCCUUUAUGUCUGGGAGCCAAUAACCACCGACACUGACUGCGCUCAAAGCCUCCGCAAUGGCGUUGCUGGGGCUCCCGGAGCUCAGAGCGGCGUUCUUUUGGAUCCGGCCAAGGAUAUUGACUAUAUCAUUAUAAGCCACGCUCACUUCGACCACACGGGGACGCCAUCGGAUUUCCCUUCUGCAACCUUUGCUGUGGGAUCUGGAACUUUGGACCUGUUCAAGAAUGGUGCCGGGCCACUCUGCUCUGGUGAUUUCUUCAUCGACGAUGAGCUGCCUGCGCUCCGCACCAUUGAGUUCCCACCAGUGUCUCGUGCGGGCACUUAUGGAAACGAGCCAUAUGCCCCAAAGCACACGCCAGUGCCAGCAAAUAGCAAAGUCAAGCCACCGGCUGCGGCGGCUUCGUGGUCAUGGAAGCCUCUAGGCGAACUUCCAAACACGCUGGACUUCUUCGGCGACGGCAGUCUCUAUGUAGUUGACACGCCUGGCCACAUUUACGGACAUGUCAACUUGCUCGCUCGUCUUGGUGAGAAAAGAUGGGUCUAUCUCGCCGCGGACUGCUGUCAUGACAGGCGCCUGAUUACGGGAGAAAAGAAUAUCGGACUGUACGACGAUGGAAACGGUGGGCAGCGAAGUAUUCAUGUCGAUAUUGGGGAAGCUCGAGGCUCUUUGGAUAGAGUGGUGGCAUUCUCAAAGAGCCAAGAAGCUCAAGGGUUCACAGUGGAAAUUGUUCUAGCUCAUGACCCCAUAUGGCGGAAGGAGAAUGCGCAUGCGUGCUGGCCAGGCAAGAUGUAGUCAGUCAUUCAGUAAUAGCAGCAAGCAAGGCCACUCAUCUGUUACCAAAGUUGACUACUUUCCCGUUCUUCAAUGCUUUUUUGGAUGUAUAGACGUGUAUCGCCAGUACAGACGGUAUAUCAAUGGGGCCGGCCUGUGAAGCGUGCCAGCUGUUUUCAGAAUAUACAGUAUACAAUAUACGCUCGCGCAACUG